AUGUUGUCUGCCAGUACAAAAUCCACUUUGAAUAGAAGCCUGCUCGCUAUUCCAAGAAGAUCAUACAAUGUGAUCGCAUCUGAAGACGCUAGUAGAAUAUCUACUUUGGCGGUGAGAGUCAAUGCUGGUUCUCGUUAUGCCACUAAGGAUGGUGUGUCACAUCUACUAUCCAGAUUUAACUACCAAGAUACAAAUGAUAAGUCAGCGUUAAGAUUAGUGAGAGAAUCUGAAUUAUUGAGUGGGAGAUUAGAAUCUCAAGUCUGCAGAAACUAUAUUACUUUGAAAGCCACAUUUUUAAAAGAACAUUUACCAUACUACGUUAAUAGUUUGGCCAACGUUCUUUACAAGACAAGUUUUAAGAAACAUGAAUUGGUAGAAUCAGUGUUACCAGCUGCAAAUUAUGAUUUAGCUCGUUACGAACAGAACCCAAUCAAUGUCGCCAAAGAUCUACUUUAUAACGUCACGUUUAGAUCUGGGUUAGGUAACCCAUUAUUAUACGAUGGUGUCGAGUCUGUAUCUUUAGAGGACAUUCAAAACUUUGCUGAUGACGUUUAUACUAAGGAAAAUAUUGACAUCAUUGCUAAAGGUGUAAACACUCAAGAUUUAUCCAAGUUUAUUAAUGACUCUUUAUUUAAUUCAUUACCAAUGGGUACUUCUAAAUUAUUAGGCACUAAGCAAAAGACUUACCAAGGUGAGGAUAGAGUAAGAUACAUUGGUUCAUCAGUUGUCUCUUUAGGUAUUCCAUUUAAUAAGGAAGCAGCCCCUCAAUUCUAUGCAUUAUCCAAAUACUUAACCUCCAGCUUAUCAGAACUAUCUCCAUUAAUUCAUUCUUCAAGUGCUGCCGUUUCUGGAGAAAAUGGUCUUUUCGUUUUAAACCUUUUGGAUGCUGAUGCUUCUGUUGUCACUGAAAAUAUCAAAAAGGUCGUGCAAGGAUUAAGAAAGGGAAUUAAUCUUUCCAAGGCUAAGGAUUAUGCAAAACUAGAAUUAGAACUUGAAAAUCAAUUGUCUUUGGUACCAAGGGACUUGAGUUUUGAUGCAGUAAAGGAUUUCAAGCUGGAAAAGUUCAAUUUAGCUGCAGUGGGUGACGUAUCGAAACUACCAUUUGCCGAUGAAUUAUAA